GUUCUCGACCAUUUUCGACGAAUUACGAUCGUCAGCUUCUCGUUAAAAUAGCUCGAACAUGGUUCUCCACAAAAUUUCGGCUGUUCUCCUCCUUCCGACGCUGCUUUUUAUCGACGCUGCAAGAGCCGACGGCCACGCACACUCCUUCCAACACUUCCAUGGUCCAACGAUCGGGGAAGCUCAAGCAGUCACGUGGGAAGACGAACACGGUCAUCAUCAGGAUUUCAUUGCUCAUCCGAAGUACGAAUAUGCUUAUGGGGUCAAGGAUCAUCGCACUGGCGAUUACCACGGACAGAAAGAACAUCGCGACGGUCACGACGUGACGGGCGAGUACACAGUGAAGGAACCAACGGGGAAUGUAAGAACUGUUAAAUAUUACGCCGACGAGACGGGAUUUCACGCCGACGUGCACAACAGCGACGGACAUUAAAAUCGAAACUUCGGCAUGCGUUGGAUGAAGAAACGAGUGAGCCUUAUAAAAUGUAUUCUUAAGGAGGAGCGCCAGUUGAAAAUGGACUGGAAAAUAUACGAUUUUAAGUAGCA